CCCCGUGGUGACGUGCCAGAACGUCACGGACCUGUACAGCUGCGCGUACAAACUCCGGCUGCGACCCUUGACCAACCGAUGCCUGCAGUACCUGGCGCAGGCGGGGCCCGUCGGCAGGCAGCUGGUGGUGCUGCAACACGCUUCACGCUUGAAACUGCCGGUCGAGCAGCAGGCCGCCUUCCAGUUCGUCACAGAGAACUUCGACGACGCCGUCAGGACCCGGCAGUACCUGGAGUUGGAAUGGAAUACGGUGAAGAGCUUGCUCUGCGCCGACGUUCUGGGUACUUCCUCGGAGACCAAAGUGCUUUUGGCAGCGCUAUCCUGGCUGGAGCACGACUAUCAGAACCGGAAGCAGUUCGAGGAUUCCGUGCUGGCGUGCGUCCGGUUCGGGCUGCUCCCGGAAUCGGUGCUGAUAUCGUGCUUCGAGGCUCCUCCCGUGGGCCGCAUGGCGCUGUCUGGUCGCCCGGUUCGCAUGCAGCUCAUGGAGGCCGCCUUCUCGCACUAUGUGCGCAUGCGUGGGAGACCGGACCUGGCAGUGGAGGUGCGCAAACGGACCUUCUCGGGAGCCGAACCUGCUGGCCUGUCCGAAGUAGAGAGCUCCGGGGCGAUGUCGUCGCCUGUGUCGGGCGUCUCCGCCGGCGUCGGAUCGCCUGGCGUCGGCGGGACACUACAGGCGGGGACGUCAGAAGCGUUCCUUCCGCCUGUCAGCGGAUGGCCCUACGAAGCCCGCUACCGCGACCACCAGGAUCGGGUGGCCAAGGUGCAGGCACUGGUCAGGGGAUACCUGGCCAGGCAGAAAUACGCCAAGCUACACGCCCGACCGAAGCCACCGGCGUUGCUGCAGGAGCCGGAAGAGACGCCCGUCUCGCUGGCGGCCAUGGAGGAGGCGUGGAGCUUGCCGAGGUCGCUGCAGGCGCUGCCCAGGCUGCCCGAGCCGGGAGCCGGGCGACCCGAGGUGUUGCUGCUUGUCUGCGGGGGGCUGGGUCCCCAAAAGCGCCUGGAGUUCAGCUGCGCCGUACUCGGCUUCGCAGAGGGACAAAUCUGGCGGUGCGAUAAGCUUCCGCAGCCCCGUCACCAGCACGCGGCGACCUGUCUGGGCGACUCCCUGUACGUGCUGGGAGGCUUGGACACUCGCAACAGCCGGCGCGGGAUGCGACUGGCCACCAGCGCCUGCUUCCGCUACCGCUUCCAGACUGCGCGUCAGGGGAACAAGGGACCCGGCAAGGUCGUCCAGCCGGCGGGCCAGUGGGAGCGGCUUCCCGACAUGCGCCACGCGCGCAUCAACCACGCCGCGGUGGCCCUCAAAGGGCGCGUGUACGCCGUCGCCGGGCAGGACGAGUUCGACGUCUUCCUGAGCUCGGUGGAGUGGUACGAGCCCGGCGCGUCGUCGUGGUGCGAGCUGCCGUGGCCGUUGCCGUGCCGGCUGUCGGCGUGCGGGGUGGCCGCCUUCCGCGGCGCCCUGCACGUGGCCGGGGGACUGGUGCAGGCGCCCCGCCACCCGGACUGCCUGUACGUCGUCUCGUCGCUGCUGCGCUGGGACGCCGCCGGCGGCCGCUGGCAGAGGGCGGGGCCGAGCCUGCCCUCCGGCAGGGGAUCCCUGGCACUCGUCGAGCACGACGGUUCCCUGUACGCUAUAGGAGGGCUCGCCAGGACAGAGACCGGCCACCUCCGUGUACUCAGUGACGUCAUCGCGUACAACGAGAAGGAUGGACUUUGGCGCAAAUGUCCAUCCCUGCCAGAGCCACUCCAUGCUUGUCAGGCUUUCUCUCUGGGCGGGCAACUGUUGGUGGUCUCUGGAAGCCACGUCCUGUGCCUGGAAGACCAGCAGUGGACUUGCAAGGCCACUCUGCCAGCUCCACUCACAGGAUCUGCCACUGCCAUGCUGCCUUCGCCAACAGUCGCCCUUGCAUCCCAAACUCGCUAGACGGGCAGCAUGGGUAACACGUUUGCACCGGGCCUGCUACGCCCGAUAGUUCAAUUAGUUUACGAAGCCAUUUAUUUUCUAGUAUGAGUGAUUUAUGUAUAUCGUUAGCAGCACAGUGAAAUAAACAUGCUUUUACAAAAUGAUUA